AUCACUAAGCUAACAUACUUGAAGUCUAAUUUUCUGUUGACGUGCAAAUGACGAUAGUCAAUAAUAGAAGAAUCACCCCGAAGAAACAUUUAAUAUUUCAAAUGUAAACAUUUCAGGCUGAUUCAAAAAUAUUUUCGUAGUUUUAUAUAAAAUCUUACGAUAAUAAAAACUUACUGCUAAAAAAUUUGAAAAGAUGAGCAUGCAACAUCUCCUAAAAAAAAUAUUUACUGAUUAUGAAAACUUUUUGGCAUCUAUCAAGAAGUAAGCAUUCAAGAGUUGAUUUUCAAACAUGAUUGCUGCAGAAGAUAGAAUACGAAAAGUUGAAAAUGUUGACGAACUAAUUAAUCAACCCGACUUGAAAAGAAAGCAAGGAGCUCAACCACAACAACGAUCAGAAUCACCAUACCCCAAUGUUUCCAGAACAAUCUCCACGUAUAGCAUAAGUAGUCAUAAGCAUCCAUUAAAUGUCAAACCUAGUGGGAACUCAUUCCUAAUGUUAGAUAACCAAGACUUAAUCCAAGCUAGAUCAAACCUGUUAGGAAGCUUGAAUUUAUUUCCCGAUGAUUUAAUCAUGGAGUUGAUAUCUUUCAUUGAUGAUAUUGAGACUUUAAAGAAUUUAUCCCAAGUUUCUAAAAUAAUGUAUGCAUUUUUAUAUGAUGAAGAUUUUUGGAAACAAGUUUAUAUCAAACAUAAGUUUGAAAACAUUGAAUGGAGAGGAUCUUGGAAAAAUACAGUAUUAAAAUCAAAUCCUAAAAAUCAAGCAAAGAUCAAAUUAGCUGAUAAUUUAUUAUGUUCUGAUUUAUUAUAUCGACCAUAUCAAAUCUCCCAAAUUAAUUAUGAACUCAUUUUCAAGAAUAUCAUUAACGAAGAAGAAAUUUAUCAUAAUGAUGCAUUGCAGAAUAAUUUAAGACCUUUACCAAGUGGGAGAAUUGCCAGAAUCCCUGAAUCAGAUCUCGAUUUACAACAAUUCAAUGAUGAAUAUCAUGAUCAACCAUUCAUAUUAACAAACAAUAAUAAAGACAGAUGGCCCCAAUGGAGUUUAGCAUCAUUAUUGGAUAGAUUCCCCCUGGUUAAAUUCAGACAAGAAGCAGUCGAAUGGAAUCUCGCUGAUUAUUCUACUUAUACCAAAUCAAAUCAUGAUGAAAAUCCAUUAUAUUUAUUCGAUUGUAAUAGUAUAGCGAUGAAAACAUUAAGACAAGAAUAUCAAGUUCCACAGGUGUUUGAUCAAGAUUUAUUCAAAUAUUUCAAUGUUAAUGAUCUUAAACAUAAUUGUCGUCCUGAUCAUGCUUGGUUAAUCGUAGGUCCAAAACGUUCAGGAUCAACCUUUCAUAAAGAUCCUAAUUAUACUUCAGCUUGGAAUGCAGCUUUAACCGGUAGAAAGUUAUGGAUUAUGUUGCCUCCUAAUAUGGCACCACCUGGAGUUGGAGCUGAUGAAGAAGAAAGUGAAGUUACAUCACCAGUAGGGAUUGGUGAAUGGGUUAUAGCCGGAUUUUUCAAUGAUUGUUUAAAGAUACCGGAAUGCUUAAUAGCUGUCACAUUCCCAGGUGAAUGUAUGUAUGUUCCUUCUGGUUGGUGGCAUUCUGUUAUUAAUAUUGAUGAUUCAGUAGCUUUAACCCAAAAUUUCGUUCCUAUGUCGAAAUUACCAAAUGCUUUAAAUUUCUUAAAGAAUAAACGUGAACAAUUAAGUGGAUUUCAUCCUAGUAGUGUGAAACAUACAUUAGAUUAUGUUUUAGAUACUUUAUUAGCUGGUGAAGAAGGACAAGAUAAAAAUGAAGAUAUUAUUAAACUUCGUGAAUAUCGGGAUCAAUUCAAUUCAUUGAAUUUAAGUGAUGAAUUGAUUGAUGAAGAUUGUGGAGAAAUGAGUGAUUUACCACCAAUGCCAAUUUUUGAAUUAUUUAAACAAUUAAUGAUCAUUAAUAAUAAAUCAGAGCAAUUAAAUGAGGGAUUGGAAAGAUUGAUCAAGAUUGAAUUGAAAAAUUAUGAAAGACUUACUGGUAAAUCCCAAACUUGGGAGAAAUUAAUUGAAACUAAAGGAGAAGAUAAUCAAACUGCUUCAGCUGGAGGAUUUUCAUUUGGAUUUAACUUUAAUGAAGAUGAAAGUAGCGACGAAGAAUAGUUGUAAUAGCAUGAGUAUAUAGGGGGCAU